AUGGCUGCAACGCAACAGGUGAUCAAGGCGUACCAAUGGCCCUCAUACUUCGUUCAGGAACUGAAUUCUCAAGGGGAGUCCAGUGAGGCGUUGUUUCGUCAUGCAUUUCUGGGAAUCGAGGCGCACUCUCAGAAUUACAAAGCCAGCGCAGAAUAUAUAUCGUUCAUUGUAUCCUGUACGGGUUCUCUAAUCGUCGUACUUCUCAGUAUAUAUGCUCUGCGACAUCUGGUGUCAUGGACAGUCCGAUGGGUAUCAACAGGGCACUGGCCAAUCUCCCAUUUCUACGAAGACCGUGAUGGGGCGGCUACCGAGAAGUCCAUCGAGCAGGGUUCAAAGAGGGCGCUUCGGCUAGUCAUUCUAGGUAUUGCGACCGCCGGGAUGGCUAUUUCAGCAUUGCGGACAGCUUUGGCAACAUAUCAUUUGAAGCACCCGGCGAAUGUGGCUCAUUGGAUGGAGGUUGGCAUCUGGUUCUGGCUUCUGCUCCAGUGUAUCAUGUUUCGUGUUCUAUCUUUGCCCACGACAUGUUUUGCAGUCAGUUGGAGAGUCGGAGUGAGCAGUGGCAUUGCGCUUCUCGUCUGCUGUAUCCGAGGCUAUGUCGACUUCCGGUCCGGUGAUUUUGGCAAAGUAUACAUGGCACUUUACGGACUCCAGAUUUCUAUUGGCAUAAUGAUUAGCACCUUUAGCUUCAUGAUCCCCCGGCGUCCGGAUGUUUUCCACAAUGGCAUUGUUGUGGAUCGACAAUUCACAACCAGUCUUCUAGGCUGGGUCAGCUUUUCGUGGAUUGAACCGGUGUUGCGUGAGUGCGUGCACUCCAGAAACCUUACAAUUGAUGGUUUGCCGGAGCUGGACCAUAGCACUCGGGCAGAAACUGUAUACAAUUCCUGGAAGGCAGUAUUGCCAAAGCGCAGCGCACUGGGCACAUGGGAUUUAUGGUGGUCGAUAUUCCGCUCUCAUUUUCCAGCCUUGCUCUGCCAGAUGAUAAUUACGGUCACGCUGUCGUUUCUCAGCUUCGCACCCCAGAUAGCAUUGCUGCGCAUUCUAAACCUCCUCGAGGCUCAGCAGCGUGGUGAACACCUAGGGCCGCUCUGGGUCCCCGUCGUUGGCCUUGGGUUGUCCGUUAUGAGCUCGGCCACACUGGAAACACUGAAGUAUUGGAUUUCAUUUAAUAAACUGGCGAUUCGUGUGCAACAACAACUGUCUCUCGCCAUCUUCAGAAAAGCAACCUGCUUGAGCCCAGCCUUCAGCUCCGACGAGUCAGGGGAUUGCGAUGCGGAUCUCAGUCCAGUCAAUAUAGUUGCUGCCGAUAUCAAGAAUAUAGCAGACUUCCUCAGCUAUCUCUUCCUAUCAUAUGAGUCGCCCAUUAAACUGAGUAUCGCCUCCGUGUUCCUGACUCGGCUACUGGGUUGGCGUAGCCUUCUCGCUGGAGCGGCCGUACUGGGUCUGCUUACUGCGUUCAAUGCCUGGGCAGUCUGGAAAUACUCGGGCAAGCAAACCUCUUUGAUGGAGCAUCGCGACAGCAGGCUCCGAGCAUUGGCGGAGAUGCUGGGAGGGAUUCGCCAAGUUAAAUUUUCCGCCCUGGAGAAUCGGUGGGAAGAGAAGAUCAAUCAAUUGCGAGACAUGGAAAUGCAAGCUCAGUGGACCGUCAACCUCUGGCAGAUCGCCUUUAUGUCUAUGUAUUUCAUAAGCCCGAUUCUCCUCUCCGCGGCCUGCAUUUCCGUGUAUGUAGUAUUUUAUGGGGAUCUGUCUGCCGCCACAGCGUUCACUGCCCUCUCUGUGAUGAGCUCUAUGGAGGUGUCAAUGGCCGUCCUUCCGGAUAUCAUUUCGUUUUUACUAAAUGCCAGAGUGAGUAUGGAGCGCAUCAAGUCUUAUCUAGAACAGUCAGAACAUGUUAGCAAGAUCGUACCCCUCAAGGAUAUCGAGUUCCAAGACGCAACGAUUGCCUGGCCCGGAUGCUGCGAUGCAUCCGGCAGUUUGAGAGGCCUCAGCUUGAAAUUCCCUAGAGACUCAUUGAGUAUUAUUACUGGCCCUACGGGCUCCGGGAAGAGUCUUCUUCUGGCAUCCAUAUUAGGUGAAACGGACAUCCUGAGUGGCUCAAUAUCUGCGCCGGUCCCGGCCCCCUUUGAGGAGAUCUCCUGCUUCGAUGCCUCUGAAUCCUGGGUGACAGAUUCUGCCAUUGCCUUCGUUUCCCAAUCAACCUGGCUACAGAAUGCGACCGUGAGAGACAACAUUCUGCUUGGAUUACCUCUGGACCGCGAGAGAUAUGACAAGGUAGUCUUCGCCAGUGCAUUAGAGAAGGACUUCGAGCUUCUUCCCGGAAAAGACCGGACAGAAAUUCGCUCCAAAGGAGCGAACCUGAGUGGCGGGCAACGAUGGCGCAUUUGUCUCGCCCGUGCCCUCUACUCACGAGCGCAUACGCUGCUCUUAGACGAUAUUUUCAGCGCCCUAGAUGUUCACACAAGAGAGCACAUCUAUCAGUACGCCUUCCAUGGGGAGCUUUUACGCAGGCGAACCUGCAUCCUGGUCACCCAUCAUCUCGAAUUGUGCUUGCCACUUGCAAAAUACUUGGUUCGGCUCGAAAAUGGAGUCAUGAAAUCAGCAGAAGCACUGCCUGAUACGCAGCCAGUCCCUGGGAAGUGGCGUGAACCGCUGGUCCAUCCAACGGAGUCACCGCCAGCACCUAGGGACGCACAAAACUCCGAUCAAGGCUCCAUGGAAAGCACCAAUUCCUCGUCGGAGCGCAAAGUCUCUGCUAUCAUCCUUCGAGAGGGGGGCGGCAUACUUCAGUGGUCGAUUCUAGCAGUUGCAGCCCUUGGAUUUGGGGGCUUUAUGCUAGCUCGGUCCUGGUGGAUCCAUAUUUGGACGGAUAAUCAUCGAGAAUCAGCCCAAGCCACCGUCUCCCAACAUUCUGCACUUUUCUACCUUGGAGGCUAUCUUGCACUAUCAGCUCUGGCGUGUGUUUUUGGGACAUGCCGGACGUAUUUCUCGCUGUCUGCUGCAUUCCGUGCAUCGCAAAGUUUGUUCCGUCAGAUGCUCUUCGCGGUGCUCCGAGCGCCCAUUCAGUGGUAUGACACCGUCCCCAUGGGACACAUACUCAGUCGAUUUUCUGCAGAUUUCAACGCACUCGAUUCUCGGGUAGGGGUCGAACUUCGAGCCACCCUUGAGUAUUCCAUGGAUGUUGCCAUGGCUAUGAUUGCCGGUACCAUCGUGAAUCCCAUGCUCCUCCUCGUCUCUGCAGUUCUUUUAACGGUCUACUUUUGGUGUGCUCGCUGGUUCAUCACUGCCUCCCGACACUUGAAAGGCCUGGAAAACGCCGCCAAAGGUCCCCUUCUCGAAGAUCUUGACACCACUAUUGGUAGCCUGUCCUCCGUCCGGGCUUUCGGACAAGUUAACCUCGCCAUUGAGAGAUUCCAAGAAAAAGUCGGUCGCCACGCACGAGCGUUCUGGCAUCUCUGGUUGCUGAAUCGAUGGCUGGGCUUCAGAAUCAAUAUCAUCGGUGCCGCUUUCUCCGCUCUUUCAGCAGCUAUGGUUGCCUAUGUGCCCGGUAUUAACCCGUCCAUGGCUGGAUUCGCCAUCGGCUUCACUAUCGAGGUCUCCCUGACCAUGGCGCUCAGUGUCCGCUGCUACGCCAAUCUAGAGCAAGGCAUGAAUAGCGUUAAGCGUAUCCACUCAUUUUCAACAAUUCCAACAGAGAAAAACGAGCCGUUGAUCACGGACAUUCCAGAAGCGUGGCCCGAGAAGGGAAAGCUCGAAGUUUCCCAGCUUGUCGUCCGUCCAACUCCAUAUUUACCCCCAGUAUUGAAGGGGAUCGAUUUUACUGUGACUCCAAACACGAGAGUUGGAGUUGUUGGUCGUACGGGAGCGGGAAAAUCUUCGCUGGUUCUAGCUCUCUUUCGCUUCCUUGAGGCCUCAGAAGGCAAAAUCAUGGUCGAUGGCAUAGAUAUCUCACGCGUGCCACUAGACCGUUUACGCAGCAGAUUAGCCAUUAUCCCCCAGCAUCCCAUGCUUUUCCGCGGCACUGUUCGGUCCAACCUUGAUCCUGUCGGAGAGUACGACGAUUCGCUCCUUAUCAGUGCAUUGCAAGCUGUGGGGUGGGAGCAAGAGGGGGAAUCCUAUAAAUCCACGUAUACCGCUCAAGAAAUGGAGUCUAGUUGCACAUAUUCAUCUUCUGGGACUGUGUGUACAUCUCCAAUGUCAGCCCUCGGGGCCGAGGAAUCCACGGAUACCGAGCAAGAUAGCCUCUUUCCACAUAAGGGCCCGUGGGGACCUCUCGAUCAGCCUAUUACUGACUGUGGAGGGAAUAUUUCUCACGGACAGCAACAGCUCCUCUGCCUUGCUCGGGCAAUUAUUCGCCAGCCGAAAAUUAUGAUCAUGGACGAGGCCACAUCGGCGGUGGAUAAAUCCACCGAGGACUUGAUUCAGCGGAGCCUACGGUCCGCACUUAGUCAGUGCGAAACUACUCUCCUGGUUAUCGCACACCGACUGAAGACUAUCGCUGAUUCUGACAUGGUCCUUGUCAUGGAUUGCGGGAUGAUUGUGGAGUCGGGAAGCCCACAGAAGUUGCUCCGGCGCCCAGGGGGUGUUUUUCGGGGCAUGGUGGAGCAGGAUCCAGAACGGGAUACUCUGGAAAAUAUCAUAUUGCGAAGAGUUCCAGAAUGA